CCAUAGCAACCGAUUAGGCGUCACUCACGGUGUAUUAAACGGCGUCACUACUUUAGACUGCAAAAUCACUACUGCGCGUUUCUGAACCCGCGACCGUUACGCGCCAUGGACUAGUUUAGCCACUACAAUAAACCAAAUGUCUUUUUACUCUGGCCUGAGUGGUGCGUCGUCUUACCCCGGUGGAGCUGGACGAGCCUGUGUGAAGCCGUGUGGGUGUUGUUGCUAGCGCUCCCCAGCAGCCAACAUGGCUGAGGAUGACAGCGAAUGGGUCGUGGAGAGCAUCGCUGGUUACCUGGGCAGUCCCGAAUGGAUCAUUCCUGUCACCGACUUUAUGGAAAACAAAUGCACAGUUUUUGAUGAAGAAGAUGAAAACAAAUUAACAUACACAGAAAUCCAUCAGCAGUAUAAACAGCUGGUGGAGAAGCUGUUAGAGAAUUACAUGCAGGAGGUUGGCAUCAACGAGCAGCAGUUUCUAGACGCAUGCACCUCUCCCUUUGCCAGGUCAAAAACUCUGCAGACGGUGUUCCAGCCUGUUCUGGCCACAGAUGACUUCCAGAUGUUUCGCUCGCUGAUGGUCCAGAAGAACAUGGAGCUGCAGCUACAAGCCCUCAGGGUCAUAAAGGAGAGGAACGGGGCUCUUCCGGAGUGUCUGACGGAUGGUGUGGACGUGAUGACAGAGCUGCAGCAACAGGAGAUGAGGAUCCUGCAGGAGGUUCUCAAGAAGUCAAAAGAGGAAUAUGACGAGGAAAUGUCCCGGAGGCUGCUAUUGGAGGAAGAGGUAGGCUCUACCUCCAGCAGCUCCUCGGAUAGGCCAAUGAGGGAUAGCGUUGAAGCCCAGAAAGCUGCGCCUGCCGCCACCCAACAAAGCAGCACUGCCAAGGCCAAAGCUGAAGGGAAGGGUGAGAGCAGCAGCAGCAGCAGCAGCAGCAGCAUUAGUAGUCACCAGGCCCCGCUAAUGAAUGGAAACACUGCCACUCAAUCUGAACUGGUCAAUGGCAAACCCACCAGGAAAGAGGAGAAGAAGAUGGCUGCCCAAGGAGGAGGGGGAGAUAAGAAAGGUCCAGCCAAGAGCAGCUCCUCUGCUUCUACUAAACUCCCUUCAGAGCGUGGUAGUAACUGUGCGGAGCCCAAAGCCCUUCCAGCAGUGAGGGUUCCAGUGAAGGGCAGUGAGCCCUCGGCCAGCUCCGGCCCCAGCAGCAAGGAGCAGAGCAGCAACAGCCAGACUGCAGCAGAGAUGUGGCUGGAUGAGGCACGCAAGGAAGCUGGCAUCUCCAAGCCAUACACUGAGUUGACAGCGUCCCAGAAGGAGCAGCUCCAGCAGAGGGCGCUGUAUCUACGCCAGCAGCGGGACAAGCUGCAGGCCCUGAAGAAGGAGCAGCAGAAGCCCAAGCUGCCAGCCACGCCAGAGGAGACGCCCACCAUCCCGACGCCAGCACCCCCCACCCCGGGGGCAGUGGGCCAGUCCCAGACGAACGGGGCCUGCCUCCCCCCUCCACCAGCACAACACUCUGCCAACCCCUCCAAACAGAAGGAGAUCUCUGCUGAGGAGAAGAAGAAGCUGCAGAAGAGAAAACACCUGGCUGAGAAGCUGAAAGAGGAAGUCAUCAAGAAGUAAAAAGGUCAACUUCCUUCGCAAUACUCUUUUAUAUCCUGUCCCUUUACUCCGGACCUCAACCUCACGGCUUCCUUCACACCGCCUCCUCCCAUCAGAUUUCAAAAAUCAAAGUUCAGGGCUUUUCCAAAAAACAUAAAAUUAAAAAAAACAAAUAAAUAAAAAAAAUAAAAAACACACUGAC